AACAAUUAUUACAUCAUGUUGUUCUUCUUGAUUUCUAACUUAUUAGCACACACUUUUGCCUAGAUUGUCUACGAAGAAUUGAGUGAACCCUCCUUGUCCGAACUAUUUCAAACCAAUGUGAAGCAGUGUUCUUUACAAGAUAAAAUUGAUUUCUACUACAUUGAUCAAUAAUAACCCAAUCUGAAUUUUCAAUUUAAAAUUAACGAACCCCAUUUUGCUGUGGAAAUAUAUGUUGAUUUUUACCUUCUCGGUGAAUACACAGAGAAAAAUGUCAAUAUAUACCUGGAUACCAUCCUAAUUGAUUAGUAUUAGAAACAAUACAAAUACCCCUCUCCUUUUUGUGAUGAUUCAGUCGACAGUGAGAUUGUGACAUACUCAACAAGCUACUCUCAUUUUUAGUAAGAUCUGAAUUUAUUGAUUUAAUUGGAAAAUACAACAGAUUUUAUUUUAGGAGUAAGAAACAUAUAAAUAGUACCUAAAUUAUGUCAUGAAUCAUGUACUUAAUGUGUGGGUCCUAAAGAAAAUUAGUGUCGAUCUUGUGCAAUUGGAACUUAACUUAAUAGAAAAACUAAUCAAUGUGUUUGCCCUCCAGACCUACCAUAUUUCAGUAUAGUUUAGAAUCAAUGUUUAUCUAAAUGUGAUGUUUCUGAAUAUUAUGAUGCCUCAUCCAACAAAUGCGCGCUUGAUAAAAAUAUUGAAUAAAUGCAGCUCUUUUUUUGGAAUACCUAUGAUUAUACAGGAUGGACAAUAAUUGAAAAUGAAAUUGCAUAAGAAUUGCAAGACAAAACCUACUCUGGUGUGAUUGGAUUAUUUUCUGUAGAUUAAACUAUUAGUUACUAAUUCAAUAAUACAAAUUUAUUCAAUUCCAUUAGAGUAAGAGCAGAUAUUUACAUAUUCUAAUCACUUAUAAGUCCUGAAAUCUACAUUCAAGUUGAUAAGAUAAAAACUAAUGUUAAGCCACUCUCUAAUCAAACAAUUACAGGAUAGAAGGGAUACAAAUUAUUCCAUAUUGAUUAUAUUAUUGAUGCCAAUGCAAAUUCAAACAUCAAAUUUUCAUUAAAAGGAGAUCCAAAUACAAAAUGGGGCAUAAACUAAGUUGUGUUUAAUGAAUAAAAUUGUUCACCAUAAUGUUAAGAAUGCUCAACUAAAAGUACAUGCUAAUCAUGUAAAUCCGGCUUUUUGUUAUAUUUGGGACAUUGUGUUGAGUCUUGUCCUAAAUAUUCAUAAAUUUAUAAUGAAAAUACUUGCGCAGAUGUCAAAGAAAAUUAUCCAAAUGCUGAUGUAAUUAUGAGAGCCUAUGAUGACAAUAUAAUUGCUAAUUUCUUAUCAAAAAAUGUUACAACUCUAGCUUCAGUCAAAUAAAGUUAUUUUGGAACAUUUUAUGAUGGAGUUAGAUAUUUUGGAGGCUUAUAAAGAGAACCGAUUUAGCUCUAUUAGAAGUAAUUCUAUUCUUUGCCACCUCAUUAUUAAGUCAUAGUUUAAUUCAAUAUACUAACUUUUGAAUUGGGUAACAAUGUAUACCCCAAUACCCUCGAAUUGAAUUAAGAUAACAACACUGUAUUAAUUAUCAGAUCACAAUAAAAUUAAGUGCAGCAAAUUAGCUAAUAAUUUGCCCAUUAAUCAAAUAACCUACAAUUAUCUUUACUUUCACAUUAAGAAGACCGUUCUAUUUUCAGUUUUGGAAUAUCUAAAGUUAAUGUCAUGAUUUCAAGAUGUUAUCCAUUAUGCAAAUCAUGUUUUGGUCCAAAUGAAUCUGAUUGCAAAGAAUGGAUCUACGAUUAGAACUCUAAUGAUUUCAAGAAAUGUAAAAAUGGAUUUAUUUUUGAUGUUCAAUAAUAAAAAUGUGUUUUAUGUCCUUUAGGUUGUUAGAAAUGUUCUGAUCAACAAACUUGUAACGAAUGUGAAGCUAAUUUUAUUAAAUAAGGAAAUAGUUGCUAUUGCUAGAGUGGCCGUAUAGACGAUUUUACCUUAGAAUGUCUAGCCUAUUCAUGA